CGGAGGCGUCCCGCGCACCAGGAAGUGACUCUUACCUCGCUGCAGCUUUGUAAGAGGAUUUGUUGGUUACGACGGGAGGUUGGAGACUGAGGCACAAAGAAGCCAAGUGACACGCUUUCAAGAAAAGCCCAAGGAAGGGUGGUGACACACGUUGAACACCCGAGUUAAGUGCAGUCCUGAGCAUUUCAUGUAUAUGAGCUCAUUUAAUUCUCACCACAAACCUGAAAGGUAGAUGUCCGUAUGUCUUUGGAUGGCAGGUAUCAGGAGAAGAGUCCUGGUACACAGCCCCAGGUGCUUCCUCUCCGGGGUGGCUCUCUUCUCCAAACCACUGCUGCUUCCCUGGGGUGCCAGACAGCUUCCAGGUUGGUCACGACUCUUUCCGGACACAGCAUGUCAGGGAAAUUUCAUCCAUGUGAUAGCCAAGAACUGUCAAAGGGGACAGAAACAUCAGAAGAAGCCAAGCCAUCUUGGACCACCAGAGAGUUCCUGGCAGGAAAGGCUGGCUGAUGUUGUAACGCCACUCUGGAGGCUGAGCUAUGAAGAGCAGCUCAAGGUGAAAUUUGAAGCUCAGAAAAAAAUUUUACAGAGACUGGAGUCUUACCUUCAGAUGCUCCAAAGAGUCAAGGUCACAGCAGCUGCAACAUCCAAGGAGCUGUGUUGUCUUCUCCAUCCUAUUAUACCUUCUCCUGUCAUCAAUGACUACCGAAAUAAGUCCACCUUCUCCGUGAACCGAGGUCCAGACGGCAAUCCCAAGACUGUGGGGUACUACCUGGGAACUUGGAGAGAUGGGAACGUGGUCUGUGUGCAGUCCAGCCAUCUGAAAAACAUCCCUGAGAAGCACAAUCAAGUGGCUCAGUGCUAUGAAGUAUUUCUCCGACAGUCUCCCCUGGAGCCCUGCCUUCUGUUUCAUGAAGGUGGACACUGGCGUGAGCUCACGGUCCGCACUAAUCACCAAGGACACACGAUGGCCAUCAUCACCUUCCAUCCCCAGGAAUUAAGUCAGGAGGAGCUCUGUGUUCAGAAGGAGACUAUCAAGGAAUUUUUCCUCCGAGGCCCUGGAGCAGUCUGUGACUUGACCUCACUUUACUUCCAAGAAAGCACCAUGACCCGUUGCAGCCAUCAGCAGUCCCCCUACCAGCUGCUAUUUGGGGAGCCUUACAUCUUUGAAGGUCUCCUGGGCUUGAAGAUCCGCAUUUCUCCUGAUGCCUUUUUCCAAGUCAACACUGCUGGUGCAGAGAGGCUGUAUCAGACCGUGGGGGAGCUGAGCGGAGUGAACGCUAACACCAUCCUCCUUGACAUCUGCUGUGGAACUGGCGCGAUUGGCCUGUCUCUGGCUCAGCACGCUUCCCAGGUCCUUGGGAUUGAGUUGGUGGAGCAGGCAGUAGAGGAUGCCAGGUGGACGGCUGCUUUCAAUGGCAUCACCAACUGUGAGUUUCACGCCGGUCGAGCUGAGAAGAUUUUGCCGUGGCUGCUAAAGUCAAAGGAAGGCGGGCAGCCAAUUGUUGCUGUGGUGAACCCACCCCGUGCUGGGCUGCAUCACCGAGUGGUCCAAGCCAUUCGAAACUGCAGGGCCAUCCGCACGCUAGUUUUUGUUUCCUGCAAGCUCCAUGGGGAGACCACAAGGAAUAUCAUUGAGCUAUGCUGUCCUCCAAACUCCACUAAGAAGCUCCUCGGCGAACCUUUUGUCCUGAGACAAGCUGUACCCGUGGACUUGUUUCCCCACACCGCACACUGCGAGCUGGCCCUCCUCUGCACGCGAUGAGCAGCCUCCUGGAAGACUGCAGGCGAUUUGUUAAGGCAGAAGUUUCCGAAACUUGCAGGUUUGGCUUAUUGCUGCAUGGCAGGCCCUGGCAGCAUUCCCCGGGAAAGCCAUCCUUGGCCUGUGAGCAGGAAGAAUGUGGUUGGCCUCCUGUCUGAGGCAGGUUGAACCUUAGGUAGCAGGUUCUCUGGCGCACCUGCCGGUUUUCCUUGUUUUCACUGCUCUCCACUCCUUGGCCCGGGAUCUGGACUGUUCUGAUUUUGCUCCUGGGUUCUGCGCAUUUGCUCAGAGACUUGACUGUUUUUGGAUGUUUUCAGACUUUAGAGGUCAUGAAGUAGAACUAGAAACAAUUUUAGCUUUUUACAAAGCAGAAGAAGCUGUGAAGUGGUUGCCACAGUGACUGAGUCCACAUCAGCAGAGGUUCAUUCCUUGGAGUUUUCUAAGUUUUGAGGUUUCUAGAAUGCCUUUUGGGAAGAUUAUCCCUAGGAGGAGUAGUACUGCUUAGCUCUCACCUAUGGAAGGAGAAAGAUUUUCAAAGAAGGGACUGAAUAUGAAUAAUUGCACUUCGUAGUAUGGAGACACGAAGCUCUAGGAUCCUAGAAUAGUAUGUCUAUAAUAAAGUGGAUAUUGAGA